AGUGUUGAGAGGUGCAUACUACUAAACUUUUUUAUUGUAUCUUGCUAGCUUGACAAUGGGCACUAGUACUUUGAUUUUCAUCCUUACUCUUUUUUCACUCUUGGUGAAAUGUUACACAUCUAAUAUGAAGACUUACAUUGUCUAUACCGGAAAGAUUGUAAACGAUGAAUGGACUUCGCGGAUCAUUUAUCAAAAUAUGAUAAAUCAAGUUGCCGAAAGCAAUUCAACUUCAAAGAGAAUCAUUUAUCAAUACAAACGUAGCUUCAGUGGAUUUGCUGCGAAGCUUACGGAUAAUGAAGCUCACAAAAUCGCAGGACUUAAUGGGGUGGUGUCUGUAUUUUUGAGUAGAAAGAGACAGCUACUUACCACAAGAUCUUGGGACUUUAUAGGACUACCAAAAUAUGUGGAGAGAGAACACAAUGAAAAUGACAUCAUAAUUGGAGUGAUAGAUUCUGGAAUUUGGCCAGAAUCUGAAAGUUUCAACGAUAAAGGAUAUGGACCGCCACCUAAAAAAUGGAAAGGAACUUGCCAAACUUCUCAUUUUCCAUGCAACAACAAAAUAAUUGGCGCCAGAUAUUAUAGAAACGAGUAUUAUGAUGAUGAUUUCUUAAAAAUAAACAAGAUGUCCCCCAUAGACACAGAUGGGCAUGGAACCCAUACAGCAUCAACAGCUGCUGGAAACCCUAUUAGCAUGACUAGCAUGUUAGGCCUGGGUCAAGGAACAGCAAGAGGAGGGGCUUCCUCAGCAAGAAUUGCAGUUUAUAAAGCAUGUUGGUCUGAUGCAUGUAAUGAUGAUGACAUUUUCGCCGCGUUUGAUGAUGCCGGUUACGAUGGAGUUGACAUAUUAUCCGUAUCUUUGGGGGGAGUGUCGGAAGCUCGUGUCCAUUUUGGGGAUGUAUUCUCCGUUGGAUCUUUCCAUGCACUGGAACAUGGAAUACUAACGGUAUUUGCGGCGGGUAACUCAGGUCCGAAACGUUCUUCAAUAACAAAUUUUGCACCUUGGGCAAUCAGUGUUGCUGCAAGCACCAUUGAUAGAAAAUUUGUUACAAAGCUCAAAUUAGGAGAUAACCAAAUUCUUGAGGGUAUUUCUUUAAAUACAUUUGACCUUCAGGGAGAAUUAUGGCCCAUUAUCUAUGCUGGAGAUGCACCAAAUAAGGAUGCAGGCUUCAAUAAAGAUUCAUCCAGGAAUUGCUCAACCAACUCCUUGGAUAUCAAGUUGGUGAAGGGUAAAAUUGUUUUAUGCGAAGAUUCACUAGGAUCUGCCGAGGCUCACAGAGUUGGUGCUGUUGGUGUUUUGAUACAAGGUCCAACAUAUGAUACCGCAUACUCUUUUCCCCUGCCCGCAAGCUAUCUUAAACCGAAAGAUGCUGCCAAAGUACAUAAAUAUAUCAAGUCUACAAGGAAUCCGGUAGCAUCUAUAUAUAAGACGUCUCAGUUGAAUGAUACAUUGGCUCCUAUGACCGCCUCUUUCUCGUCAAGGGGUCCUAAUAAUGCUACACCAGAGAUUUUAAAGCCUGAUUUGAUCGCUCCCGGAGUAGACAUUCUAGCCAGCUGGUCUCCAAUUGCUCCAAUUUCUCUAAUUUCUGGUGAGAAAAGAAAAUUGGACUUCAAUAUUGUGUCUGGAACAUCAAUGUCAUGUCCGCACGUGUCUGGUGCAGCAGCAUUUGUGAAAUCGGUCCAUCCUACAUGGUCACCUGCUGCUAUACGCUCAGCUCUAAUGACCACAGCAAAACAAAUAAGCUCAGACCGUGACGCAGAAUUUGCGUAUGGAGCCGGACAAAUUGACCCUAUAAAGGCUUUAGAUCCUGGUUUGGUAUAUGAUGCAAAUGAAGAAGACUAUAUUAAGUUUUUAUGUGAUCAAGGUUUAGAUAUGUCUAUGUUACUCAGAAUCACAUUGAGUAUAGUCAAUUGCUCUGAGAGAGGACAUAUCACACCAAAAAACUUAAAUUAUCCUUCUUUUGCUUUCAAAGUUCCCAGGAUUAAACAUCACUUAAAUGCAAGCUUCAAAAGAAUAGUUACAAAUGUAGGGUUACCUAUGUCUACAUAUAGAGCAUUUGUAACUGCUCCAAGAGGACUUAACAUUUCAGUGACCCCCAACGUUUUAUCAUUCACAUCAUUGGGAGAAAAACAAAAUUUUAUCCUCACUAUAAAUGGAAAAUUGAAGAAGUCAAUUGGCUCCGCUUCUUUGAUAUGGGACAAUGGUAAAUUUCAAGUGAGGAGUCCCAUUGUUGUGUUUGAUGAGCUGGCGGUGGAAGGAAAGGGUGUCAAUUUAUAUAGGAUAGAUUACAUAUGCCUUGUAAUUUUUAAUUUAUUACUUUUUAUUAUUAUUAUUGAAUAAAUUGUUUACUAUGAUAAAAAUAAAA